UCAAACUGAACAUGGCUGCGGGUAAAGAUGUCCAUGAAAACACAGAAAAUAAAAGAGGUUCAGUGAGAAGGAUGGGGAUCAAUCAGGAGGAAUCACCUGGGGGCCCUCACGCUGGCCAUCCACCAGUCAUCUUCAACCCGGACUUUUUUGUGGAGAAACUCCGCCACGAGAACCCUGAUGUUUUCCUGGAGCUGCUGCUUAGUAAUAUCACUCGCCUUAUUGAUCUACCUGGGACAGAGUUUGCGCAGCUCCUUGGUGAGGAGGCACCUAAGACCCCAACAGGUGGAAAUGGAGGCUUCUUUCGCUCUUUCAACUUCCUCAAACGCAAAGAUAAAGGCUUUGUGUUUGGAACGCCACUGACAGAGAGCUGCAUUGCCCAGAUCUACCAGCUCAUUGAGUACCUCAGUAAAAAUCUGCACGUGGAGGGUCUGUUCCGGGUGCCAGGUAACAGCGUUCGGCAGCAGACCCUGAAGGAGCUUCUCAACAGCGGAGUCGAUGUCGACCUGGAGUCUGGAGACUUUCACCCCAAUGACGUGGCCACCCUGCUCAAGACUUUCCUGGGAGAGCUGCCCGAGCCCCUGCUCACACACAGACACUUCCACGCACACCUCAAGAUAGCUGAUAUCACUCUGUUUGACGAACACGGCAACAAGACCGCGAUGCCCAACAAGGAGCGUCAAAUAGAAGCCCUGCAGCUCCUCUUCCUGCUGCUACCUCAGGCCAACCGCUCACUGCUCAAACUGCUGCUGGACCUGCUCUACCACACCGCCAAGCAGCAGGACAAGAACAAGAUGUCCGCCUUCAACCUGGCCCUCAUGUUUGCCCCGCAUGUCCUCUGGCCCAGACAUAUGACAGCUGGCGACCUGAAAGACAAUCUGAAGAAACUAAACAACAGCAUGGCCUUCCUCAUCAAACACUCACAGAAACUCUUCAGGGCUCCCGUCUACCUGAGAGAAUACGCCAGAGUGCACUUCACUGGGAACAAGGUUCUGCAGACCAAGGAUGAUCUGGAGCUGCUGGCGCUGAGCAGCUCUCCUGCACAGCGGACAGUGUUGCCCCUGAAGAGGACGGCUGUUCAGGGCCCCAGCUCUCAGGAGCAGUGCCAGUCACCGGCUCAGCAAUACACAGAAGAAGCUCUGAAGGAGCUCUUCAGACACGUCCACCACAACAUGCCAGACUCGGCCAAGAAGAAGAAGCUCGUCAGACAGUUAGUCAAACAGACAACCUCACGAACGCCCACUAAUGAGCACCAGGCCCCUGCAGCUCCUAGCAAGAAACAUCCACGCUCCCGCUCGUUUGGUGGCCUCAUCAAGCGCAGAGCUCGUGGUGAGCAGCUGACAGCAGAGAGGCGGGUCCGACACAUCUCCCCUGAAACUGUCACCAGUGCAGGAAGAAAACUUGGUAAAGAAAACGUUGUCCUACAAAGGGUGAACAGCCCAUUUAAUGAUCAUGUGUUGGGAAAGGCGGGGCUGGUAGUAAAAAAUCCAGACUUUGCUUUCAAGAAGGACAAAGCUCUAAAGGUUUCCAAGGACUCUCCCUCUGUGACCAAGAUGUGUUUCUCUCCCGCUCAGGAGAUCUCACUUUAAAACCUGACAACUCCUCCUUGUCACGGGCAGGACUUGGGCAGUAUUAAUAUUUCUAUUCCUCCUGUUUAUCAUCGUGGUACGUCUAUUCUUACUGUGACUAAUAUAAAGCGGCUUUAGCCUCGGCCAGAAGAGCCAAACCAAGGCCAGGAGCUCACCGCUGGACAUUGAUCAAGAUGUGAGUUAUAACCUGGUGCAAACAGUUCAACUAAAUCCUCUGCUGUAACAUCUAGAUCUAAGAUGUCCUCAGUUUGAAGUGAGGGCUUCAAAUCAUACAAAACCUGUGAUAACCUUGAUAUAUAAUAUCUGAUAGCAAAUGCUAAAUGCUUUUUUACAUCCAGAAAUAUUUUUUAAAAGUCCCAAAUUUCUCUUAGUUCUGUUUAUUAGGAUUUCAG